AUGGGCGAGGCCGAAUACCAGGCGAACCGCAAGAUCCGUCUCGAGCUCGUCGUCCAGUAUGACGCUCCAUUCACGAUCCGGGCCCUCCUUCAGCAAAGGGACAGCCUGCUGACGAUGCAUCAACGAAAGUCCAGCAGCGCCACCGAGGUCAGCUCCAUGACCGAUCAGAAGGGAUACAACGUGAGAGGGCUCGACAAGCGUAUGGCGAAGAUCUUUGGUCGAGCCCGACAGAAGCAAUCAGAAGAGGAAAGGACGAGACAUCUCGGCGUGAUCUUCAAGAAUGUGACCGUCAAAGGCCAGGUGCUGGGAGACGCGAUCCAGGCAACAAUGGGAGACGUCUUUCUCGGAAUUCCUCGAGCGCUCGCGGGCAUUUUUGAACGCGGAGCCACCGAGGCAUCUCCGUCCACGAAGACCAUCCUGAACAAGUUCACUGGUUGCAUAAAGCCUGGGGAAAUGCUCCUCGUGCUGGGAAGACCGGGAGCGGGCGUUUCCACGUUCUUGAAGGUGAUUGGGAACCAGCGAAACGGGUUCGAAAGGGUGGAAGGCAAGGUCACGUACGGUGGUGAGAGUUCGGAGACGAUGGCGUCCGGAUUUCGCAGCGAGAUCCUGUACAAUCCUGAGGCGGACCUGCACUACGCCACGCUCAAGGUCAAGGACACGCUGCAAUUCGCGCUCCGAUCUCGGGCUCCGGCGCCGCAUUCUCGAACGGACGGUGAGACACAAGAGGACUACGUCCGAGAGUUCUUCCAGAUGGCCACCAAGGUCUUCUGGAUCGAACACACCAUGGAAACUAUCGUCGGGAACGAGUUCAAGAGAGGUGUGUCGGGGGGUGAAAAGAAGCGAGUGUCGAUUGCGGAAGCUUUGGUCACAAAGGCCACCACGCAAUGCUGGGAUGAUCCGACUCGGGGUCUCGAUUCGAGUGCCGCGCUCGAGUACGUCCGCAUCUUGCGGUCGAUGACAAACACUGCACGCAUGUCCACCGCCGUGGGCCUGUACCAAGCAAGCGAGGACAUGUGGGACCACUUCGACAAGGUCCUGCUCAUCGACGGGGGCGAGUGUUGCUACUUCGGCCCUACCCAUUCCGCCGUGCAGUACUUCAAGGACUUGGGAUUCGAGAUGCCCGAACGGUCGACCAGCGCGGACUUUUUGACAUCGCUGUCGAGCGAGCACCAGCGAAAGAUACGUCCCGGGUUCGAGGACUGGAUCCCACGGAACCCGUCAGAGUUCGCGGAGGCGUUCCGGGCCAGCGACCAGCGAUCCAGCAAUCUCAUGGAGAUUACGCAGUUUGAAUCCAGGCUGUAUGGAAUGAUGGAGAAGAGAAGAGACGCGCAAUCGAGCGCCACCAGGACCAAGAACUAUGCGCUGCCUUUCUGGAAACAGGUCUGGAUACUCGCCCAUCGUCAGGCCUUGGUCCUCAAAGGCGACCCCCAAACGCUUGCUGCAAAGUGGGGAGGUGUGGUGUUCGAAGCCGUUAUCAUCGGCUCCCUCUUCUUCGACAUGCCGAAAACGUCGGACGGCAUUUUCCUUCGUGGAGGCGUGCUAUUCUUCAUGCUUCUCUUCAACGCUCUGCUCGCGCUCGCGGAGUUGACUCGUACGUUACUCUCAACCCCUCCUGUCAUUGAUGUGGCUAACGUAGCAUCGCAGCCGCCCGCAUACGCCAUUGCGCAGACGUUACUCGACAUCCCUCUCUUGUUCAUUCAGGUCACGAUAUUCAACUUGAUCGUGUACUUCAUGUCGGGACUUCAACGGACGGUGGCACGAUUCUUCAUUGCCAAUCUGUUCCUGUACCUGCUUACCAUGACGGUGUACGCAGCAUUUCGGGCCAUUGGAGCGACAGCGCCCUCGCUGGACGCGGCGACGCGCCUGACAGGCUUGGGCAUGCAGGCCCUGGUCGUCUACACCGACUACAUCAUUCCGCCGAAGAAGAUGAAAGCCUCGCUCGCAUGGUUGCGUUGGGUGAAUCCCAUCCAGUACUGCUUCGAAUCGCUCAUGGUGAACGAAUUCGACGGUUUGGACAUUGGUUGCGUGGCUCCGAACCUGAUCCCCGCCGGGCGCUCGGUGGACCCUCAAUUCCAGUCCUGCACGGUGCAGGGAAGCAGGCCGGGACAGUCCUCGGUCAGCGGCAGAGACUAUCUGGAAGUCUCGUUUGGUUUCCGCAAGUCCCAUCUUUGGCGCAACUUGGGCAUCAUCUUCGCGUUUCUCUUCUUCUUCGUUGGUGUGACGGCCUUGGGCAUGGAGAUGCAGGGUCCGAGCAAGGGAAGCAGCGGGAUCACCAUCUUCAAACGAGACGAGGCCCCGCGCAAGAAGAAGAGGAUACUGCUAGAGGACGCGGAAGAAGACGAGGACUCUGAUGAUGGCCGCUCCGAUGACGAACGCUCCGAAGUCGACCUGAGCGAAAAGGCGCACAGCAAGGAAUUCGCAGAGACUGCGCGUCCUCCAUCUACAGACGCCAAUGCGCAGUCGACGUUUACGUGGCAGAACGUCGAGUACACGAUUCCCUAUGACGAGGGAACAAGACGGCUGUUGCACAACGUCCAAGGCUAUGUGAUGCCGGGCAAGCUGACGGCGCUCAUGGGGUCGUCGGGCGCGGGCAAGACGACGCUCCUCAACGUCCUCGCGCAGCGAAUCCGGUUUGGCGUCGUGACGGGUGAGUUCCGCGUGGACGGACACGAGCUGCCCAGCUCGUUUCAGCGCUCUUCUGGAUUUGCUGAGCAGAUGGACAUCCACGAGCCGACGCAGACGGUUCGAGAGGCGCUUCGUUUCUCGGCCAAGCUCCGUCAACCGCGGCACGUGUCAAUCGCGGAGAAGUACCGGUACUGCGAGGAGGUGAUUGACCUGCUCGAGAUGCGGGACAUUGCAGGCGCCGUGAUUGGCGCGCAUGGAACGAGCCUCAAUCAGGAGCAGCGCAAGCGGUUGACCAUCGCGGUGGAGCUGGCGAGCAAGCCGCAGCUGCUCAUCUUCCUCGACGAGCCAACCUCUGGGCUCGACUCGCUGGCCGCGACCAACAUCGUGCGGCUGCUGCGCAAGCUGGCCGACGCAGGCCAGGCCAUACUGUGCACGAUCCAUCAGCCGUCGGCCCUGCUCUUUGAGUAUUUCGACAUGCUUCUUCUGCUCAAGCGGGGAGGCCGCAUGGUGUAUUUCGGCGACCUGGGCCCCGGCAGCCGCGUGCUGAUCAACUACCUCGAAAAAAACGGCGCGCCCCCGUGCCCGUCCACCGCGAAUCCCGCCGAGUACAUGCUCGACGCCAUCGGCGCGGGGAACCCGGACCACAAGGGCAGCGACUGGGCCGACAUUUGGAGUCGGUCGCCAGAGAACGACAGCCUGACGCGCGAGAUCCAAGACAUUGUUCGCAUCAGCGGCUCGUCCCGCCCCCGCGUCGAGGAUGCUGCCGAGUACGCCAUGCCCCUGCAGGUCCAGAUCGGCACCGUCGUCCAGCGCUCCUUCAGCUCCAUGUGGCGCAGCCGAGACUACGUGAUGGGCAUCCUGGUCCUGCACAUCUUCGUCGGCCUCUUCAGCACCGCCAGCUUCUGGAUGCUGGGCAAUUCGCAGGUCGACAUGCAGUCUCGUCUCUUUACCGUCUUCAUGACGCUCAUCAUCGCGCCGCCGCUCAUGCAGCAGCUCCAGCCACGCUUCCUCGAGGCGCGCAACCUGUACGCCUCGCGCGAGGCCAAGGCCAAGAUCUACAGCUGGUUUGCCUUUGUCACGGGUGCCGUCGUCUCGGAGAUUCCCUACCGCAUCCUCGCGGGAACCCUGUACUGGAUGUGCUGGUACUUUGGCAUCGGGUUCCCGCGAGGCGACCUGGUCCCCUUCAAGAUCUGGAUGCUCAUCGUCUUGUACGAGCUCUUCUACCUGGGGCUCGGCCAAGGCAUAGCCGCCUUUUCCGCAUCCGAGGCCCUCGCGUCCUUUUUCAUUCCCCUCUUCUUCAUGUUCGUCAUCUCGUUUUGUGGCAUCGCGGUGCCCUUCUUCGCCCUGCCCGAUUUCUGGAAGUGGAUGUACCACGUCACCCCAUUCACCUACUUGCUGGAAGCCAUGCUCGGUUUGGUCAUACACAAGGUUCCCGUCAUCUGCUCGCGGGACGAGCUGGCCAUCAUUCAACCUCCGCCCGGGUCGACUUGCCACGAGUACAUGAGCUCAUAUGUAAUGCAGGCUGGGGGCUAUGUGCAGACCUUGGACGACGGCUUCUGCGGAUAUUGUCAGUUUGCAAACGGUGACCAAUUUGGAGUCGCCUUCAACGUCUUCGAACGCAAUUUCUGGAAAGAUUUCCGCAUCUUCGGCGCAUACGUUUUGUUCAACUUUGUCUUCAUCUAUGUUUGCUCUUGGUUUUACUUGCAAGGCUAUGGGCAGAUCAGGUCGUUAUUUAGCGCGGCGUCAGCGCACAGCAGACAGAAGAAGAAGGACAAGAGGGAUCGUGUUGCUGAAUAUGUGUAA